AUGAUGCUGAGCACCAGGUAUGGGUUGAAGGAGCCCCAUGAAGACAGAAGGCAGGCGAAAUCGAACACAUCAAUCUUCCUUUCCUCGUCAAACGAAUCACAGGCAAUGUGGAAGCAGCGUGUACCUAAUACGAAUCAACUGGGAGCAACUGAUGUGGGCUGCAGGCCUCGCAAGGCACACACGCAACAACCUCAGAAAUUUCCAAAGCUUUUAAAGGUUGAAAAAUUGUCAGUCCCGUCAAAAUUUGGCUUAUGUGCGGACGAAAGGCCAGAGGGCACCCUAGGCUCCAGGCCUCAUUUCAGUAAAGUCGCAAAAAUAUCGCUUACCUCCGAAAAAGGAAACUGGUGGAAGGAGGUUCAGUAUCUUCAGGCGUCGUCGCGGCUGAACAAGAAGUGA